UCCGAUUCCCAAAUCUCUCGUUAUAUUCACUCCCCCCGCGCUAAAGAUCGAUUCUAGGGUUUGUAUCUUCCUUUCCAAAAACUCUGUGUCUGUGUGUUUUUGGGUUGCUUAAUCACGUUGUUACAAUCAUCGAUUACAUCUGAAGUUCGGAUUAAGGAUAAUUUGAAAUGCACCGGGUUGGAAGUGCCGGCAGUAAUGGCGGUUCUGUUCGUACUCGCAAAGAGAAAAAGCUUACUUACGUAUUAAAUGAUGCCAACGACACAAAGCAUUGUGCUGGCAUUAAUUGCUUGGAUGUGUUGAAGUCGUCUGUUUCUCAUGAUCAAAGUUACCUCUUCACUGGAAGUCGUGAUGGUACUCUCAAGAGAUGGGCAUUUGAUGAUGAUGCUACCUUUUGCUCUGCUACGUUUGAGUCUCAUGUUGACUGGGUGAACGACGCUACUCUGGCUGGUGAAAGCACUCUUGUUUCUUGCUCUGCAGACACUACAGUCAAGACAUGGGACGGCUUAUCAGCUGGAGUCUGUACGAGGACUCUCCGACAGCAUUCUGACUAUGUUACUUGUUUGGCAGUUGCGGCAAAAAAUAGUAAUGUUGUUGCAUCUGGUGGCCUUGGUGGGGAAGUUUUUAUAUGGGAUAUCGAAGCUGCUUUGUCACCAGUUACAAAACCUAAUGACGCUAAUGAAGAUAGUUCUUCUUCAAAUGGUGCAAAUGGUCCUGUUACAAGUUUAAGAACUGUUGGUUCAAGCAACAAUAUCUCUGUGCAGUCAUCUCCAUCUCAUGGGUACACACCAACAAUUGCCAAAGGCCAUAAGGAGUCCGUGUAUGCUUUGGCGAUGAAUGAUACCGGGACGAUGCUCGUCUCUGGUGGAACAGAGAAGGUUUUACGUGUCUGGGACCCGAGAACCGGCUCAAAGAGUAUGAAGCUUAGGGGGCAUACAGAUAAUGUCAGAGUGCUGCUUCUGGACUCGACUGGCAGGUUUUGCUUGUCUGGAUCCUCUGAUUCUAUGAUAAGACUAUGGGAUCUAGGUCAGCAGAGAUGUCUUCAUACCUAUGCCGUGCAUACAGAUUCAGUUUGGGCGCUUGCAUGCACUCCAUCAUUUAGUCAUGUUUAUAGCGGUGGAAGAGACCAAUGUUUAUACUUGACAGACUUGGCAACAAGGGAGAGUGUUUUGCUGUGCACUAAGGACCAUCCAAUUCAGCAAUUAGCUUUGCAAGAUGAUAGUAUAUGGGUUGCAACUACAGACUCCUCUUUAGAGAGAUGGCCUGCCGAAGUACAGAGUCCUCAAAAGGUCUUUCAACGAGGUGGCUCUUUUUUGGCUGGGAAUUUGUCUUUUAAUAGGGCGAGGGUGUCGUUGGAAGGACUAAAUCCAGCCCCUGCCUACAAGGAGCCGUCAAUAACUGUUACAGGAACUCACCCGAUUGUGCAACAUGUGAUUUUGAAUAAUAAAAGGCAAAUUGUAACCAAGGACGCAGCUGGCUCAGUGAAACUAUGGGAUAUCACUAGGGGUGUUGUGGUACAGGACUACGGAAAGAUUUCAUUUGAAGAGAAGAAAGAAGAAUUGUUUGAGAUGGUAAGCAUUCCAUCAUGGUUUACUGUGGAUACAAAACUUGGAUGCUUAUCUGUACAUUUGGAGACUCCACAAUGCUUCUCUGCUGAGAUGUAUUCAGCAGACCUUAAAGUUUCUGGGAGACCUGAAGAUGAUAAGAUUAAUCUAGCUCGUGAAACACUGAAAGGCCUGAUGGGUCACUGGCUGGCAAAGAAGAAGCACAAACCAAAACCCCAAGUUCUUGCAUCUGGAGAUACUUUAUCUGUAAAAGAUACCAAAAAAAAUCUAAGUGCAUCAAAAACUGAAGACAGUAGUGUUGCAAGUGAUCCGGUGUAUCCUCCGUUCGAGUUUUCUUCUGUCUCUCCUCCUUCCAUCAUAACCGAGGGUUCUCAAGGAGGACCAUGGAGGAAGAAGAUAACCGAGUUUACUGGAACUGAAGAUGAGAAGGACUUCCCAUUGUGGUGCUUGGACGCUGUCUUGAACAAUCGCCUUCCACCUAGAGAAAAUACAAAGUAUUCAGCACUACCUCGUUCUCUAAUCAAAAAAAUAUUAUACUUGACAGACUUGGCAACAAGGGAGAGUGUUUUGCUGUGCACUAAGGACCAUCCAAUUCAGCAAUUAGCUUUGCAAGAUGAUAGUAUAUGGGUUGCAACUACAGACUCCUCUUUAGAGAGAUGGCCUGCCGAAGUACAGAGUCCUCAAAAGGUCUUUCAACGAGGUGGCUCUUUUUUGGCUGGGAAUUUGUCUUUUAAUAGGGCGAGGGUGUCGUUGGAAGGACUAAAUCCAGCCCCUGCCUACAAGGAGCCGUCAAUAACUGUUACAGGAACUCACCCGAUUGUGCAACAUGUGAUUUUGAAUAAUAAAAGGCAAAUUGUAACCAAGGACGCAGCUGGCUCAGUGAAACUAUGGGAUAUCACUAGGGGUGUUGUGGUACAGGACUACGGAAAGCUCCAAAUGCAAAUGGAGAUGUACUAA